UGCCCCGACAUCUACCCAACUCUACCCCUCCCCUAACCUCCAUAUAAUUCGACAUCCUAUAAAAUAUUAAAAUCAUUUCUGAAAUUUUAAAGAAAAAUGAGUCAAAUAAUUCCUGAAUAUAAUCCAUUAAUUCCUCCUCCUGCUCUUCCUUUAUCGACUCAGACUCAGCCCGUAUCAGCUUUCCCAGAACAGCUUCUUUGGAAACUGGUGAAGGGCAAAACAGUUUUACAGUAUCAUCUUUGUUUUGAAUGUCAAGAUCGACUUUUUCACUCAUCCGACAAGGUCGUACGCAAAGGGGAAAAUGUUGUUAUCAAAAUCGAACUCUGUAACAACUGUGUGAAGGAUAAUUGUCAUGCCACGGAUUUACUCUCGAAUAAGAAAAAGAAUUAUGAAAAGAAAAUUUAA